CCGGAAAUGAGAAACCACACUGCAAUCACCACAUUCAUCCUCCUGGGACUGACAGAUGACCCUCAAUUACAGACUCUUAUUUUCGUAUUUCUAUUUAUCACCUACAUAUUGAGUGUUGUUGGAAACCUGACCAUCAUUAUCCUCACACUAGUGGAUUCUCACCUUAAAACUGCCAUGUACCUUUUCCUUCAAAAUUUUUCCUUCUUAGAAAUCUCAUUCACUUCUGCCUGUAUACCUAGAUUCUUGUAUAGUCUAUCCACAGGUGACAAAACCAUUACCUAUAAUGCUUGCGCAUGCCAAUUGUUUUUCACAGAUAUUUUUGGAAUUACCGAGUUUUUCCUCUUAGCCACCAUGUCCUAUGAUCGCUAUGUAGCCAUCUGCAAACCCCUGCAUUACUUGAUCAUCAUGAACCACAAAAUCUGCAAAAGGCUUAUCUUCUGUUGUUGGAUGAUUACUUUAUUGAUCUUAUGCCCUCCACUUUUCUUGGGGUUGAACCUAGAAUUCUGUGACUCUAAUAUCCUUGAUCAUUUUGUCUGUGAUGCUAAUCCUAUUCUAAAGAUUUCUUGCUCAGAUACAUGGCUCUUAGAGAAGAUGGUCAUUGUCUGUUCUGUGCUGAUCUUCAUUGCGACACUUGUGUGUGUGGUUUUGUCCUACAUGUAUAUUAUCAGAACAAUCCUAAGAUUCCCUUCUGCUCAGCAGAGGACAAAGGCUUUUUCCACCUGUUCUUCUCACAUUGUUGUUGUUUCUAUUACCUAUGGCAGCUGCAUCUUUGUGUAUAUCAAACCUUCAGCAAAAGAUGAUAUGACCAUUAAUAAGGGAGUCUCAAUACUCACUACUUCCAUAUCCCCUAUGUUAAACCCAUUUAUUUAUACUUUGAGGAACAAACAAGUGAAAGAAGCAUUUAAUAACUUUGUCAAAAGAAUUAUAUUGUUCUCAAAGAAUUAG